AUGUUCUCCUUUGGGGCCAACAUGAGUAAAGAUUCCCUCCAGAGUAGAGGUGUGGAGACUGCAUCGAAGGAGCCUCUACGAGCAAUACUUGUCGAUUUCGACUUGGUUUUCGAUAUGGAACCGAGGGAGAUCUUCGUGAAGGAAGGCUGUUAUGCUAACGUUCGUCCCUCUCUUGGGGCAAAGGUCCACGGUGUUGUCAAUUACUUGUCGCGUAGUGGUUUGGAGCGCCUGGACGAUUUCGAAAGCCCACAUUACGAACGGCGUUGGGUAAAAGUACAGCUUUAUGAGGCCGAUGGUGAAGUGAUGGAAGCGAUGCUUUAUAUACAGCCUCAGAGGGAGCAAGGGAUAGAGGGUCUUCCUGGGAGGAGGUACCUGAAGACGUUGAUCGCUGGGGCGGUGAAGGCCGACUUGGACCAGUGUUGGAUUGCACGACUACGGUCUCUGCCCUUUGUGGACUUCAGGAAAUUCGACAUCGAUUCAGCAGAGAGGAAAGCGUUGAUUCAUGGUCGAGUUUUUGAGAAGAAAGAGAUUGUUGACUCGCGCAUAGUUUUGGCGACUCCGGAAAAACUCGAUAAAAUCGAGGAAAUGAUUUAUAGCAGCGGGGACGAUCUCAACGUAACCCUAGCUCGUUUUGUUUCCUACGAGCCGCCACCUGUGGACGGUCGGAAUUUGAGUGCGGAGCAUCGUGGCUUCAUUGAAACGGUGAUGGAAUCGGCAACGACUGAUACGCGUCGACUCGAGAUCGUGGGUAGGCUGGCGGGAGAAUUCGAUUUUUAUUGGAACCACAAGGGAAAUCUCUAA